UUAUUUGCCGUCUUUCAUUUUUUAUUUUUUUUUUUUUUUUUUUGAGAAAUAUUAGCCGUAUUUCCUUAUUCUACUCGCCUUGGCCUACUAGGAGUUGGGGUUUGGACCAAGUGAACUAGGGUUUAAUUCGGAAUCUUCCCCUCUUCUACGCCUAAGAAAACCUUUCAUGUAACGUCCAAGUAUGAGGUAAAUUGAUUAAACCUGCUUCUGUAUCUGAAAAUUGCAUUAAAGCAUCCUUGUGAUUGUUCAAUAUGGAUAGCAAAUCUAAAGGCAUAGCCUGGGUUGGCAACAUCUAUCAGAAGUUUGAAGCUAUGUGCAUGGAGGUGGAUGAUAUAGUGUGCCAGGAAACAUUGAAAUAUGUUGAAGACCAGCUGCAGACUGUGGGUGCUAAUGUUAAACAUUUCUGCACAGAAUUAAUACAUGAGGUGCUCCCUUCAUCUCCUAUCAAUUCGAUGGAAGAGCUUAACUCAUCUCUGGUGCAAAAUGCUGGCGUCACAGCCAAUGAAUAUUUGAACAUAAGUGUUGAUGAAGAUCACUCUCACAAGGAACUGAUCCAUUCCUUUUUCGUCGAAUCUGUUGAGGAUGUGCACUUUGGUUUAUCUUCGGAGCCAAGUACAGAGGAUGAGAGUGCCCUAGCUCAUUGUGCAGGCAUCAUACCAUCCGACUCUGUAAUUUUGGUUCAAGCUUUUGAGAAUGAAGCUCGUGACAUUGAUUCUACUCUACAUGACACCUCAUUAGAAUCAAAGGAGGCUAGCCAUAAAUCUGUUUCAAAAGUGGAACUGGAAGCUGUUCCUGUUCCAUCUUUUGAUAAGGUAAAGCUCGAAGAAAGCUGCGUUAUAGUAGACGGAAGUGAGCUUCAUUCCUUCUCUAAUAAAUUAAGAGAAAGCCGGUCAUUCAAGAAGAAGUUUCGGGAGGCUUUUUCUUCUAAGACAAGGUUUGCGAAGUGGAAAAAUGAGCAGCAUGCUGGAUCUAGUAAGGAGAAAGGAAACAGUGCUGAACUAUCCAGUCAAACCAACAAAUCUGAAUCACAAGACAUGGAAUUUUAUGAAUCAGAUUGGGAGAUUGUUUAGAUAAAGUUAAAUUGGUUUUUGUUUAUGGCCUUUGUUGCGCAGAUAAAAUAAUAAGAAUGUAGACAAACGUUCUUAAUGAAUGAGACUGGAAUUUCCCUCGGUUAAAAUGUAUAGAUAGAGAAGGAGAGAAUUAGGCACUCGAGUAAGCUUGAGGAAACCCAAACUGUUGGACCGAUUGAAACUUGUUUUGUGUAAAUUGCGGUAGGCUUUUUAGCUGUUACUGCGAAUUGUGUGUAUGUGUGUGUUUUUUUGCCUUGGUUAUGAUAAAUUCCA